AAAUAUGGGGCCCCACAAAAAUAGAUCCAAAAGUGGAUUUUUUGGGGUCACAUUUGUGUUUGUGGGGGGCAAGUGGAAGCAAAAAAGUGCCACUGAAAAGGGUAAAAUUUGCUCCUAAGUGUAACAAUAUUUCUCAAAGGGGAAAAAAAACACAGUAAUCCAUACUAGGUGGGCAAUUUUGACUCAGAGUGCAGGACAUGAGCCGGGGAGUUUUAAGCCUCUGCUUAAGUGCCACUGCCCCCCCCCACACACACACACUACGGCCUCCUCCUGCAACAGGAAGCAAAGUCCUGCCGGUGACUUGCAUGGCUUCAGCCUCCCAUUUCCUCCCCAGGGAUGACUAUGACAGAGAAAUGAAGCAAGCUAAAGAGAAAGUGAAGAAGAGACACACGCCAGCUCCAGCCCGACCUAGGAAACCAGAUCAGCAGGUCUACCACCCUUGCAGGAGAAGUAAAGCCGAAGCCCCGUCUGGCCUCGAGUACGAGGGGUCCAGCGAGAGCAGCUCCAGUACGGACCCGGACCCCAGUGGGCCAGCCCUCUUCUGCCUGGAGUAUGAGGCGGAGAGUGGCAAGGUCACCUCUGUGGUGGUGCACCAGGACAGCGACCCUGGCGAGGUGGUCGAGAAGAUCAGUGUCCAGAACCCGCUGGACCCGGUUCUGCGUGAGGCCCUGAGGCAGCGGGUGCAGGAGGAGCUGGAGAAACGGCGGGUGAAGCGCUGAGGGCCGACGCUGAGGGGAUGUCCCUGCGAUUUGCUUAGCUGGGGAAGACUUUCCGGGGUGGGGUAGGUGGUCUCCCGGUGGCCAGCGGGGAAGCUCCCCAGUGGCCCAGGUGUUACCCGGAGCCCCUUUCUGUCACGAGGCAGGGUUGUCCUCCGUGCCUCUCACCUGCUCGUCCUUUCUUGCCGGGGCCGAGCCCAAAAUGAGGAUUUGAAGCAGUCGUGGCUUCAGGUGGAGAAGCUUGUCUGGGGAUGUCGCUGAGGGUCUCGUUAAGAAAGAAAUAGUUCAGUUGGAUCUUGUCAGAUGGCUCUUCGUAGCCACGAGCUUCUCACCAAUCCCUGUAUCCUGAUAGCUCAGCAGUUCUUAGCCUUUUUGGUGAACAGCCACACGGCUGCCUGUCAUGCUUCUAGAAAAUUAGGUGAAUUCAGGCCGAGACAGACCCCAUCCUUUUGGUUCCUUAUAACUUUCUUGCCGACAGGUGGAAAAGUGGAAACACGGCCUCCAGCUUGCCUAGACUGUGACCUUGUGUGGAAUGGCAUGCCCUGGAUCAGAGGUCCCAAAACCCUGGUCCGCGGCCUGGUGCCAGUUGGUGGCCUGAGCUGGACUAGGCCGCGGAGACAGACUUCAUGCCCCCCCCCGCACUCACUCACCCCCACACAGCUGAUUUGCACAUGCGUGCGUGCUCCAGCGUGCCCAGGUUUGCGCAUGGGCACAAGCACGGGGGUGCUCCACCUUCCCCAGCCAGUGUGUGGGGUGAAAAGGUUUGGGGACCCCUGCCCUAGAUGAUAAAGCGCUGGGUUGUGGGAGGGAAGAUAGUCUACAAGCAGUAGCAGCUGGACCUGGCUGGCUGGACUUUCCUUCCAGGGUGGAUAAGCGGCGUCAGGGAGCAGUCUGUGGCACACCCUGGGUCAGAUCCACAUGGGUCUUUAUACAGCGUCUUGUUUCCAGAUCCAUCCGUAGAACCUCCUUCCCGACAAUUAUGCUGAGGAGCUCAACUCGUUGUGUUUCAUUGGUAUGGGUGGAAAGUAAAGCACUUGUGUUAAAUAUGG